UUUUUUUUAUAUAUUUUUAUUUAUGAAAAACCAUAGUUUAUUAGAAUGUCCAUUAUACAGUCUUACAUCACUUGUUAUUGAUUCCACAACACGAAAGAUCCUUUCAGCAUCAACAGAAAUGAUUCAAUUACUUGACAAUAAAGAUCUCAAAGGAACAUAUUGGCCAAGCAAACAAGAGCAACAAUUAUGUUUUACGACCUUAGUUGAAAUACCCUCAUCACAAAGACCAAAACGAUUAUUGACUUGUGAACAUCCUGAUAUGGAUUCCCUGACAACUAUUGUAUAUUGUGCUGAUAUCUCCUUGUUGGAAAAAUUAUAUUCUGAUCCGUCACUCUUCCAUACCAUGUUGGACUCGUCUUUUCCUAGUACUUUUAUUUUACGAAUGAAUCCUUAUGGUGUGAUUCAAUCUGUCUUCUCACCUUCUUCUUCUUCUUCUUCUUCUUACAUGAUGAUGAUUGGUCGUCCUUUGAUGCGAUUUGUUCAUAAUGAUGAUAUACCUAUCCUUUGCAGUGGACUACGACAGCUGACUCAAUGUCUGCAGGAAAACAAAAAUGAUGAUGAUUUCACCAUGAUUUCUUUUGAUCUUCGAUGUAACUUUGAUUCAUUCGAUUUGAAAGAUAUGAACGAUAGAAAUAAUGAUAUUAUCAACAACAACAACGAUCAGCUGAACAAUUGGAAAAAGGAGUAUGAUACAAUUUUCCAUUUUUCCACGGUUGUCACAGGCACACAAGACCUUUUAUGUAUCAUGAGACCAUCAGCAACAACAUACAAACAACACACUACUUCUUCUUCUUGUUCUUCGUAUUUGUCAUCUUUGGUACACUCUUCUUUCAAAGCCAAACAUGUCAUUCAUAGGAUUCAUCAUGCUUUAUGGGAUGCGGUUGAACAAGGUUUAUUAAUGUUGGCUCAUUAUUUAGCGGUGGUCAUGGUACUUGCUUUGCAAUGUUAUCGAUUGGCUCGACAUUCUUCCUUUUGGUUAGAAACUUCUGAACUGGCGCUACGAUGUUUGGUAGCAGAAACAAAAUCAAGGCCUGAACUAGACAGAGUAUUUUCUUGGUUGCAAUGGGCUGGUUUGAAAUCUUCUCGGCGUGUCUUUGGCUCCUUCUUGGAUCAUUGUACCGACUGGCUUAUUCCUUGACAAGUUCUCCUAUUUUCUUCAUUCUAGUUUUAUUAUAUUAUUCAUUUUAUAUUCUCUAUUUAAUUCAUCAUCUUUGUAUUAUAGUUUGAUA